AUGGGUUGGGUUGGGUUGGGUUGGGUGGAGGGCGACUUGCUGCCCGUCCAGUGGUCGGUCAGUCGCCAUCUCAACCUCGCGCAAAUCGCGGGGUUGGAUUGGGAACUGAUGGGGAAACUUUGGUCUGGUCACGGGCGAGCGAGGAGCCACGAGGGCGAGGAAGAAGUCGGAGGCAAGAGACAAGAGACAAGAGACAUGAGACAAGAGACAGGAUACCAGGAAAGAAGGAACAAAGUGCUACUCUACUCUACUCUACUCUACUCACAGUCUCAGUGGCUUGAGCUAGAUUAUUUCCCCUACGCUACCACUUCGUACUGGCGCACUCCCCGUGGGAAUCGGGAGAUUCUGCUGAUGGUUCUUAUUAUUACUAUUGCUAUCCCGAUCAAGUCUCGCUGCCCAGGCCCUACGAUGGGAGCUAUAGCCCGCCCAAUCCUGCGAGGAAGCAAAGCAGCAGCAGCAGAACAGCGGCCGGGCCUGGCGUUGGCGUUGGCGUCCUGGCAACUGGCGGGCGGGCGAGCAGCAAAUAACGCACACGGCGCCGCUGCCGACCCGCGCUCAACGCCCAUGGAUAACACGGACAAGCCCUCAGCCCUGGCUCCUGGCCCCCGGUCUGGAGACGACUGGAGACCCCAGGACCACACCCACGACCCCGGGACCGAUGAUCGGUCGUGGAGGGAGCAGAGGUGUGGUGGUGGUGGUGGUUGCGGCGGUGGUGGGCCAAAAUAUGGAGAAGGCAGAGAAGAUCUUACCUAUUCCUCUUGA